AUGGCGCUGAGAGUCUUUGCCAAAGUUUUUGUGGUGGUGGCAGUUCACCUUGGCAUGAACAAUAUUGCUACCUACCUUUACUUAGAUGGCUGGCUGGUGGUGCUGGGCCCGCCGGGCGGCUCCCUCCUGGCCCCGCCGGCCUCGGCCUCGGGCUCGCCCGCGGGGCCCCUGCACCACUUCCACAGCCCGCACUUCCGCCGCGACCGCCCCGACCUGCUGGUGCACCUCAAGCGCCUCACCAGCGCCAACAAGGCCAAGCUGGCGGCCGGUCUGGAGGUGACGAGCCGCCCGCCCAACCGCUUCCAGCGCCUGCUCAGCACCUCGCUGCAGGGCGACGCGCUGCUGCCGGCCCCGGCGCCCGGCAAGGCCGACAAGCCCGGGCAGCUGACCAUAGGACAAUUUCAUCGGUCUUUUCGGCGUGACAGUUUAUCACCUUACUCAUAUGUAUCUGCUUCAUCCCACCACCCCAGCACUUUACCUUUAAAAGGCUUAGAUCGGACUCCAAUCCCUCCCAGAACAUGGCAGAAUUCCCUUGGGAUGCUUCCAGGGCAGGUGGAGACUUCUUCAAAUUUUUCAGAAAAAGGGGUUCCAUUUUCUGUACUACAAAGGUUUCCAACAGAGGUUACAUACACACUGCAACCCAAUGCUACUUCUGUCCAUAUUCAGCAAGGGCCUCAGGCAAUGGUGACUUCUUCUCAGAAAUACAGCAGCUACACACCUUCACCACAGUACUCUCAAGCCUACUAUCCAACAG